GGCAGCUUCCUAUGUUGAGCGCGAGACGCAGAGGAUUCAGUCACGCGGAAAGUAGCAGAGUGCGCGUUUCACAUAAGACAGAACUGUGGACUUGCAAUCGUUCCUCUCAAAUCGCAUGAACAGCACGAGAAAGGUGGACAUUAUAAACAAGGAGACGUUGCUAUAGUAAGACUCCUAAGAAAUCACUUUAGAACCGGGAUACACUUCAGCAUCAGAACAUCCAAAGACAACUCGGCUGUGUUGGCGAGAGGUAGUGGACAUCAUGCAGCACUAUGGAGUGAACGGCUACUCUCUCCACGCGAUGAACUCCCUGAGCGCCAUGUACAACCUGCACCAGCAGGCCGCGCAACAGGCGCAGCACGCGCCAGACUACCGACCUUCAGUGCACGCGCUCACCCUAGCUGAGAGACUUGCUGACAUCAUCCUCGAGGCUCGCUACGGGUCCCAGCAUCGCAAACAGCGCCGGAGCCGCACCGCGUUCACCGCGCAGCAGCUUGAGGCCUUGGAGAAGACUUUCCAGAAGACCCACUACCCCGACGUGGUGAUGCGCGAGCGCCUUGCCAUGUGCACUAACCUCCCUGAGGCCCGCGUGCAGGUGUGGUUCAAGAACCGCAGGGCCAAGUUCCGCAAGAAACAGCGCAGCCUGCAGAAGGAGCAGCUCCAGAAACAGAAGGAGGCCAAUGGAGAGGGAGGUGACAAGGAGGAUUCUCCCACCACCAUCACUCCAGAGAACCAGCUCCCCCCAUCCUCCUCCUCUUCCUCCUUGGAGGUUGAGGGUCCGCCCUGUCCAUUGGUGUCAGAAAUUAGCAUGGAGUUAAAUGUGACCUCGGCAGAACAGUCAGGUUGCGAGUCGGCCACCGAGGACAACGCCACGGAUAAGGAGGAGGAGUCUAAGCCACAGAGGGAGGAGCUCAAGAGUGAGAGGGCGAUGACGCCAGGCAAUGUCUCUCCACCCUGCAAGCGGCUCAGUCCCAAACCUGAAUCCCCCAUGGUCUCUUCGUCUGUGACGCCCUCGUCCAUUGGUGUCAGUGGUGGGAUCUCCCAGAGCCACUCCUACUCCUCCUCCCCGCUCAGCCUCUUCCGCCUGCAGGAGCAAUUCCGCCAGCACAUGGCUGCCACCAACAACAUGGUGCACUACCCUUCCUUCGACAUGGGCACCCCCUCCUCCCUGCCCUACCUGGGCAUGAACGUCAACAUGUCCCCGGCACCUCUGGGCUCCCUGCCCUGCCAGUCAUACUAUCAGUCCCUGUCCCACCACGCGGCCCAGCAGGUGUGGAACAGUCCCCUGCUCCAGGCCUCUGCAUCCCUCCCCAGCCACAACAGCAAGACCACCAGCAUCGAGAACCUCCGGAUGCGGGCCAAGCAGCACGCAGCCUCCCUGGGACUGGACACGCUGCCUAACUGAGCCAGAGGAUCUGAGUGCGGCCUAGCCGGGGCAUCAAGACUACACCCCACCCAUCCCAUGUCUGUAACCUCCGUAGCCCGAUAGGAACCAUACCCAGAGGGUUUCGGGACAUUGGUAGCCAGAGUUUAGAAAACUAAAUUACAUUAUCUCACCCUGGACCGAGUUUUCUCCUGCUUCUUGCUUUAACAGUUGCCUAAUUUCUGGGCUUCCCACACAGCAGAUUGAAACACAACAAAGCACGCAUAGAAAUAAUAAUACUUAUUUGACCAACAACACCUGAUGAGUUUAGGUAGUCUUUACUCUUAUGCUGCUUUUUGACUGUAACACCAGUGUUACACUAGUGUGUACACCCUUAUGCUAUAUUAGGGAAAUUGUGUUUCCGUAGCUAGGGCUGACAGUGAGGACUUUUUAAGAGCAGAAUCAACAACCUCUGCAUAAUCAAAACAGUUGCCCCAAGUAAGAGCAGGUCCGCCGGAGCCAUGGCCCAGUGAGACACGGGUGCCGGUCCACGUAGAUGGAAACAGAAAAGUCUGAGCCUUUUGGGUAAAACACUGAGGCAAAUCCUGUAUGGAAAUACACCAUUAAAACGGGAAAUGGACUCUAAACCCGACAUUGUGAACGACCAGGCUAUACAUAGGGUCUCUACAGCUGAGCAAAUACAUUUCCUUUAGGACUAUUUACCUGUCUAGUGUUGCACUUGGUGAAAAAUAUUUUGCUACGUAAUGUUUACAGAAUAGAGGCACUUUUAAGGGAAUUUGGGUCUUCAAUGGGAAAAAUAAAUCUGUGCCGGCAUUGGUGCCAUUGAGAGACUACUUGUACCGUGGGACCAUUAACAAUUCAAUUAGGCCUUGUAUCUACAUAGCACGUUCUAAAAAGGCAAGCACAUACAUAAAUAUAAACUCAAGCCAUGUUCUCCACAAUUGCUUAAUUAGAAGUGACUAAUUUACCAGCUUAAUGGCCAGUAUUAAACCACUUUGUAUGGAGACUGGCUUGGUAAUGAGAAAAUGAUUUCAGUGACUAAAUGUGCAACGCUUUUAAUUACAUUUUGCUCUGGGCAGAGGGGGAGGGAAGCAUAUGCAAUUAUAAACAUGUAUACCAUUUAUGAUUCCCUUAUAUCCAAAGCGCUGAACAAAAAAACGGCCACAAAGGUAAGCAAACGAUGUGUCUCAACUCAGUGUGUCCUGCUGCACCACCAAAAGAAGACGACACAACACAAGCAGAUACACACCUGGAGAAAUGAACCUGCAUAUUUCAUGUUUACACCUAUUUUCGUCAUCUACCCCUUCUGAUGUAACUUGGUAACAGCAUCCCUACACAAACUGAAUAGGGGGUCCUUCAGGCCGGGGGAGUAGUAUACAGAACUUCCUAUUGUACCAGGAAGUUACUCUUUAAGCACUUGGAGGAGUGGCCAGUCUUUCAAUUCUUGUCAAAUAUAUGUCUGUGAUUCUCUCUGUGCUGGGAUCCCAUCAAGUCCAUCCACUCUGACAAUGUAAAUGAUUUCAAUAUGUAAAUUAAGAAGAAGAAGUUUAUCUAUUAAUGUUUACUAGUAAGGCAAAUGUAAAGGUUCUCAUGUUGUAAAUGUAUCAUAAACCGUCCCGAGUUGGGGAUUCCUGUAGUUGUCAGUUGUAACAUUGUAAUCAAUGGGCUCCCGCCAUUUCCUUACCUUCUCUUCCCUGGACAACCGAAGGUAUUACCGUCUGGUCGUCUAUGUGUCUCCUCCAGUUGAGUUCCAUUGUGACUGUGAUAUUUAAAAGUUCUACUGUUUCUCUCCAGCUGUCUCUGUCAUACUAAUUGGUCCAGUGGUAGAUUUAAAAUGACGGCGAGAGUAAUACAUAGGCAUUAUUAUUUUUUAUCUUAACAAUGUAGGUUCGAACAGUGAUGUUGCAAAAUAAACCCUAAAUAAAGCAAUGCUUGGAGAUCUUUA